AGGAAAACGGAAACAGUACGUGUGGCGAGUUCACCCUGUAGAUACAAAAAUCAAGUCAUACCACAUGAUCGUACGUGCCUCACCAUGGAUGAACUUGACAUGCUGUUAGAGGAGUUAGCACAGAGCUCUGUGAAAACACCUCCAGCUGCAGCUCCACCACAGACCCUCACCCUCAACACCUCAGAUAAGAAGAACACAGUGAAGGAGUCUACACAGACUCAGUCCUCAGGUAUCGAGUCAGGACAGGUGGGGGCUAAAAAUGUGUACAGUGAGUUGCCUGCUCCGGUAGAAGCUGGAAUGAUGAGUCCAGGAACCGCCACCAGAGAGCUGGACUCCAUCAUGAACGAGCUGCUGGGACUGGGCCUGGAGGUUACAGAGCAGCUUCCUCCAACUAACCCUCCACCACUUACAGAGAAGUCAGUAAAGGAACAGAAGCCGGAGGAAAAGAGUGAAAGUGCUGGAGGAAACCACCAAACAGGAAACAGCACCACCAGCAGUGCUCAGAAGGACAAAGGUCUGCAGAAGCAGAUGUCCAAGAACAUUGAUGCCAUUGAUGACCUGCUGGGGUCCCUCAGCUCCGACAUGGAGAAGAUGGGCGUCCAAACGGCAGCCAAAGGUCACUGCGCCUCCUGUGGCAAAUGCAUUGCUGGAAAGAUGAUCACAGCGCUGGGGCAGGUGUGGCACCCGGAGCACUUUGUGUGUGGGGUGUGUAAGGAGGAGCUGGGUACGCGGAGCUUCUUCGAGCGUGACGGGAAGCCGUACUGUGAGACUGACUAUCAUGAACUGUUCUCGCCUCGCUGUUCCUACUGCAAGGGUGCUAUUCUACAGAAUAUCCUGACAGCGAUGGACCGCACGUGGCACCCCGAACACUUCUUCUGUGCACACUGCGGAGAACGCUUCGGAACAGAUGGGUUUCUGGAGCGGGAGGGGAAGCCGUUCUGCCCUCAGGAUUUUUACCGUCUCUUCGCCCCCAAGUGUUCGGGCUGUGGAGAGCCGGUCAGAGAGAACUACCUAUCAGCAGCUAACGGCACCUGGCAUCCUGACUGCUUCGUCUGCGCUGACUGUUUGAAGCCGUUUACAGAUGGCUGUUUUCUGGAGAUGGACGGUCGGCCCCUGUGUUCUCUGCACUAUCACUCCAGGCAGGGCACUCUGUGCGGGACGUGUGGAGCUCCUAUCUCUGGGCGCUGCAUCGCGGCUCUGGACAGGAAGUUCCACCCUGAGCACUUUGUUUGUGCCUUCUGUCUGCGGCAGCUCAGCCAGGGGGUGUUUAAGGAGCAGGGGGGCAAGCCUUACUGCGGCGCCUGCCACACCAAACUCUUCCUGUAGACCAGCGGCACCCAGAACCUACACACUGCACCUGCUGCAGCACACCUGACUAACCCCAGAGACACAGUCGGUCCUAACAGGUGUAAAGGGCCUGUAGUAUUGAAAAUAUACUGAAUAAUUUUCAAAUAAAAGUUUUCUGUAUGAAA